AUGGCUUCGGAUGCAACCCGAGAUGUUUCCAUGGGCUCUUCGCCGCCCCCAGUCCCCGCCUCAGACGACGAGCCCAAGUACGGCGGCUACUCGCGCUUCGAGAUUGAGCUCGAGUUUGUCCAAUCGCUCGCCAAUCCCUACUAUCUCAACCAUCUCGCAUCGCAGAAGCUCCUCACUCAGCCCGCCUUCAUCGCCUACCUUGCCUAUCUGCAGUACUGGUCCAAGCCGCCGUACCUCAAGUAUCUCACCUAUCCCGGGCCAACGCUGCGUCACCUCGAGCUUUUGCAGCAGGAGAGGUUCAGGCAGGAUAUCAUGAGCCCAGACUUGGUCCAGAGGCUGGUCGAGGACGAGAUGAAGGCGUCGGUGCAGUGGCAUCGCGAGCCGUGA